CGACGGUGCAUAGAAACUAGUCACUACGCUCUAGUGGUUAUUUCCACCGGCUCUGUUUCUUUAUAUCUCAUAAUCUAUAUUGACGCAGUUAUCGAAAAUGUGACGUUUGCUUGUUUUAGGAUGCGCUGUUUGGGUUAAGAAUGCAACAGGACAAAAUAGCGAUCCAGGCUUCAUGAGCUGCUGGCCUGCCAUCCCCUAAAGCUGUACAAAUCCCAUCGCGCCAUGCUUUUCUCUCUGCGCGAGCUGGUUCAAUGGCUCGGCUUCGCCACCUUCGAGCUCUUCCUCCAUCUCGCAGCGCUGCUCGUGUUCAGCAUUUUCGUGGCUCUCCGUGUGGACCUGCUGACCACAGUGAGCUGGUGGCUGGUGUUCGUGCCUCUGUUCGCCGCAGACGGCCUCAGCACCUACUUCACGGCCAUCGUCUCCAUCCGACUGUAUCAGGAAGGCGAGGAGCGGCUGGCCGUGCUGCGUCUGCUCUGGGUGCUCACCGUGCUCAGCCUCAAGCUGGUGUGCGAGGUGCUGCUUUGCCAGAAACUCGCCGAUUACGAGCAGACGCGCGACCCGCUCUACGGCCUCAUAGUCUCGCCCCUUUUCGUCCUCCUGCAGCUUCUCAUGAUUCGAGCAUGCCGUGUUAAUUAAUGUCAAUGACCAUUGGCAUUUUAAUCAUCUGGCUCAGUCCACGUGAUCUUGAACGAACGUUCCAUACACGUUAUUUGCUAACGUUAUUCAAAUCAGAGGGAAACUUGGGUACAAUUCAAAACUGCAGCGUUGAUGACAUUCAUAAGCCUUGUUUUGGUUUUUCCUCCCUCAUAAGGUCUUGACUCAAGUGUGUAAACCUGGUGUCAUUUUAUCCAUUGAAGUGAAUUCAGUUUUGUGUGUCGAUGCUUGUUCUUUUUUAUAUAUAUAUAUAUAUAUAUAUAUAUAUAUAUAUAUACAUUAUUGUUAUUAUUUCUGAUGUCCUAAAUGCUGAACGACUUUGCCUUUUAUUUCUCUCUUGAAAUUCUUCUACCUGUAUAAUGACAACACAAUUUUUUUUGUAUAUAUUGUAAAUAAAUCAACAUACAUACACUCAUUUGUCUCAUGCUAUCUCUCAAUUCUCUAUAUAAUGUCCUAUAAGCUUCCUCUGAGGUCAUUUCUUUUUAGUUUUUCUUGUUCUGUUUGUGCCUUUGUGACUAUGAUAUAUAUAGUUUAAUUAUUUUGAUUCAGACUUGACUUAAUAAUAUAUCAUAAUAAUAAAAAUCUG